AUGGACAUUGAGUUCCUUGGCUUUCUCCGAUCAACUACGAGAGGUGCUCCCGAGGAACAUCUUUACCAAGAUUUGAAGUUCAAUCUAAACCAUUUGAAAAUUCUUCAACUGGCCGGCCUCACUUUGAUGGAUGAGAAUGAGCAUGUUGGGUUGUAUUGGGUGUUCACCUUUUCUGAUUUUAAUGAACAAAAAGACUUUUCUAGUCCUACGUCAAUCCAAUAUUUGAAGAACAACAAAGGGUUUGAAUUCAUGAAACAGAGGAAAGAUGGAAUUCCAUCGAUUGAAUUUCGACGUGCAUUAUUUCUGCCCAUCUUUUCUAGCAAUCAAAUAACCAAAUGGAACACAUUCCAUCACAUUUACGAUGUUGCUUAUUUGUUGAAGCUAAUGAUGAUCAGAACCAUGUUAGAGUCCAUGGUGGAAUUCGCCAUCAUAGCUCAACGUCACCUUGGUACAGCGAACGACCUCAAGCACAUGAUUCGCAAUUGUGAACACUUAACAUUUAUUGUCAUUUUCUCGCAGAAACUUUGGAUUGGUCUAUAA